UAAUGCUGCGCUUGUUUAGCCUUGGGCCAACGGUCGCUCGAAAGGGACGUGUUGAUUUGGCUUACAAGACAUAAAACUCGCAUGAAAAAUACGCGCCAAAGUUUUCUCUGUAGUUUAAAGAACGGUUUCCCGUAAUGUGACAAGAUUUCUCCAGUGGAUUGAAUAGUGACUACAAGCAAAAUAGUGUUGAAAAAAGCAUUGUUUUUAGUAAAGUGCUUAAGUGUAGAGAACGAAGUGACGAAGUUGGAUUUAAACGUUAGGUUGAAAUAUGGUUGCAAGAUGGGCGCAUAACAUUACUUUGGAAGUGAAUUAAAAUUGCUGAGAAAGUUUCUUGUGUCACCAUGGGUACCAGUCGGCUGCUUUCACCGUUUACUUUGCUGCUGAUUUGUGCAGCAGGAUGGACAGUCCGGGCAGAAGAUGAGCAGCACGACGCGCGAGAGGGCGAUGACGUCACGAUGCAGUGCCGGUUCUCACUGGAGCCGUUCGAGUCACUCACAUACUAUUGGGUUCGGAACACGGCAAGCGGGCAUGACAAUGUGGCCAUUGGCGACAUACCCUUGGAGACUAACUAUCAAAUAUCGUUCGCGCCGACUGAGGGUAGAUACGACCUGAUGGUGGCGAACGUGUCAUACGAGCGCGAUAAUGGAAGAUUCGAGUGUCGGGUGAAGGCAGGCGGCUCCGGGCGUACGCUACACUCCCAGGGGCACGCGCUGACGGUGCUAACGCACCCACGCGCCCCGCUCCUCACUCCGGGCCCGCAUGCUCAGGCACAAGAAAAUCGAGAACUUAAACUCGCCUGCUCCAGCUCGGGAGGAUCACCGGAGCCAUCAAUUAAGUGGUACAGAGAAGGAUCGCUGUAUCCUUUGGAAGCGGAGCUGACUCAUGCAAAGACAAGGGCCGAGCCGUCAAUCUCCACGAUCACAUUGAACCCGACGCGGGAAGACGACGGCGCUACCUUCCGCUGCGUCGUAUGGAAUAGAGCCAUGCCAGAAGGCCAACAGCUAGAUGCUACUGUGGAUCUUAAUGUUAAUUACUUUCCCCGCGUUGAUGUCGGCCCUGAAAACCCACUACGAGUAGAAAUCGACGGAACUGCAACUUUAGAAUGCAAAGUUGAUGCAAAACCUAAAGUAAACACUGUAAGAUGGACAAGAAAUGGCAAAUAUAUUUCAAAUUCAUUUACUCAUGCCAUACAAGGAGUCACUGUUCAAGAUGCUGGCAAAUAUACAUGUAGUGCUGAUAAUGGAUUAGGUUCACAGGGGGAAAAAGAUAUUUAUUUAGAUGUAUUAUACCCUCCCACAGUAACAGUCGAAUCUAAGACUUUUGAAGCUGAAGAAGAUGGCACAGUCGAAAUUCGUUGCGACGUUUCUGCAAAUCCCAAGCCUACAACUAUUGAGUGGACUAUGGAGGGAAAACCAGAAUUUCGUCAAAAUGGAAACACACUAUUAUUGACUAGAGUAAAUGCAGACAUGGCAGGAACAUAUAUAUGUCGAGCAGUGAAUGAUAUAUCAACCAGUACUGGUAAACGUGUGGAACGAGCGAGUAGUGCUUCAGUUGCAGUAUUAGUUCGCCACAAGCCUGGACGUGCCCAUAUCAGUCCUGACCGGCCCGUGGCACAAGAAGGAUCUGGAGUGACGCUUACCUGUAGUGCAAAACCUCCAGGUUGGCCGGCUCCUCAGUAUCGAUGGUUCCUUGAUGUCGGUACCGCAGAAUCAAAACCUAAUGUUCUCGCAACUGGUAGUAAAUAUACAAUUCCUAGUGCCCAUCUUGGCAGUGAAGGUAUAUAUCGCUGCCAAGCCACUAAUGAACUAGGCCAUAGUGAAAUGGCUUCUGUAACUCUUCAAGUACAUCAGCCACCUAGAUUUCAGUCAAAACUUCAACCUCAUAUGAUUAAACGAGCAGGCGAAUUAGAUUUUUCAGUUUCCUGUAGUGCACUUGGUAAACCACGUCCUAUUGUUAAGUGGUUUAAGGAUAAUUCCGAAAUUAAACUUGAUACUGAUUUAUACGAGAUUAAGACUGAUAUAACUGAGGGUCGAAACUCGGUAUAUAAUGUACAGAGUAUGCUUAAAUUCUACGGUAAAUCACGACCCAAUACAAACCAACUGCUACCAGAUGAUAGAGGAAUAUACACAUGUACAUUCGAGAAUGAAGUUAAAAGAGUCGAAUCAACUGUUCAUCUUCGAAUCGAACAUGAACCAUUAGCCAUCCGACCACAAAAGAAAGUAGCCUACGAUAUAGCGGAAGUGGCUGAAAUAUUCUGCAGAGUGCAAGCGUAUCCAAAACCAGAAUUUCAGUGGUUCUACGGAUCAAACACUUCCCCAUUGCAAAUGUCCUCCGAUGGACACUAUGACAUAACCACAACUACUGAUAACAAUGAUUCUUAUUUAAGUAUUUUGAAAAUAAGAGGUGUGAAACCUCAAGACUUUGGGGAUUAUUAUUGUAAAGUGAAAAAUGCACUUGGAAGUAUACGACCACAGACUCGCUUACAGCCAAAAGGUGCUCCAGAAUCACCAAAAGAUCUCACGAGUGAAAAAAUAGGUCCAUCAUAUGUAACUUUAAAGUGGGAAGCAGGUUUUGAUGGAGGUUUGACGAGUACAAAGUACUUCGUGCGAUACCGUCGGGUGAUGGUUAAGGGAGUAAACUCAGCUGGUGGCGGUGAGCAUUGCGCCACUGAGCACACCGAAUACGAUUGGAUGGAAUACGAUUGUGGUCGCUCCAACCCUUGUAAUGUUACUAGACUCGAGCAGCAUAGUUCCUACACGUUCAAGGUGAAAGCAGUUAACACGAAAGGUCAGAGCAAUUAUUCUAACGAAAUUACGGUGACUACGAAAGUGGACAAGAUUGCUGCUCCAGAGCAAGUGACCUAUGAUCCUAGCACGAGGACAAUAGCCUUCAGUGUGGGCCCCACCUGCCUCUCCUUGAUAGGGGUGGCUGAAGGGCUCAACAGCAUUGGCGGAGCCGCUGGCUGGCAGGUGGUGGACACGGUGCCUCUGCAUCUAUCAGGUGCAGUAGCGACGGUGCAAGAGGCCCCGCUGGAGAUUCCAAACAAACAGAGUACCCGAACUAUGCCAGGACGACACAUAGAUACACCAUACGAUGACAUGAAUCCUCAUAUCAGGCUCAAGCUCUGCCUUAAAGUGAACCAAGAGGUUUGCAGCGAAUACACCGAAGCUGAUAUCGGCCCAUCGUAUAUAAAAGAAGCAUCGGCUCUCACACCAGCCACAAUGAUAGCAAUUGUGGUGUCAUGCUUGGUAUUCCUUUUAUUCCUCGCCCUACUAUUCGUAUUUUGCCACUGCAAAUUGAAUGAUAAAAACAAAAAAGAGACCAGUAAGGAUUACGAAAUGGAUUCUAUGAGACCGCCAAUGGUGGCGCCGCAGAAUCAAGCUCCUCCACCUUAUUACCAGAGCGCGGGUAUGGAGAAUAAAGCACUAGAACAUUCCAUGGAUCUUGCCACAUCUAUAGACGAUGCGAAGAAUGUAUAUGGGAGCUCUGGCUAUGCCUAUCACAUGCCUCCACACGUUCAAGGACACCCGGUACAAAAUAUGCCAAACACAGAUUGGGUAAACAUGGCGUACAACAUGGAAAAUAGCUAUACGAACAGCAACAAUGGUGGGAGUGUCAACUCUCAGGAUUCUCUAUGGCAAAUGAAAUUGGCGGCUAACAAUCCAGGUGGUAUGCCAGGCCAUCAAAUUAUUGAUAGACAAAGCAACUAUGCGUACGAUCAAAUUUCUCAGCCUGCAUAUGGCACUAUUGACGACUAUCCCGCGUAUCCUCCUAUGCCGCACGGUGGCCAGAUGACUGCCCCUCCAGACUAUAACAUGCGCGGUAGCCAGAACCCGUCUCGCCAGGACUUCUGCUCAGAUCCUUACGCCUCGGUACACAAGCCCAAGAAACGAAUGGAUGUUGAUCCAUGCAUUAGACUUAUGGAUGUCGAUCCUUGCAUUGACCCCUCUUACCAUGAAGUCACCGGGCUACCAGAGGGUUACGGAGGCAGUAGCGGCGGCGGUGGCGGUGAGGACGCCGGCCCUGAAGAUAAGCCUCCUCAUCUCUCACUCAGUUACGACGAUUCACUGGAGUCUGGAUAUUCCACGCCAAAUUCUCGUUCGCGCCGCGUCAUACGUGAAAUCAUCGUGUGAAUGUAAGAGGUUUUAUCGUUUUCGAAUCGUUGAACUAAAGGGCUUUUAUUGCAUCGUCGCCAUUUGCAUUAUUGAUUAUAAGAGAAUAGGUGCUAUUAGGGCCGCUGUGGCAUUCCCACCCAAGAGACCUUAAGAAUAUUAUCAGUUUAUAUUGUUAACCCUCAGCUUUAAUAUGUGCGUUACGUUAAGUUGCUUUUAUCAUCAUUUUGCAUCCAGUGAUGCUUUAAUAUCUUAACAUACAAGUACAUGGUACUUGCAAUUGUUUUCAUUUAGUAAAUUCAUACUUUUUCCUUAUCUUUAACAUUGAUUCCUAAAUUUUUAAAUUGUACGUUUCAUACAAUAAUUAAUGUACUUUGAAAUUCAAUUUAGCAAAAGGUAGUAUCUAAUAUUUUGCUUAUAAAUAUUAGGUAAACCAUUCACUUAAUUAUUGAAGUAAUUUUGUAAUAGGUUUAUUUUUUAAAUACAUACAUAAGUAAAUCUAUAACAAAAAUAUACUUAUACCUAAUUAGUAAAAAAAAAAAAACACUAAACAUUCAUGGGAAAUUAGAUUAAAAAUAAAAAAUAAAUGGGGAUCAAUUUUAAUUAGAAUAACCUACUUCUAUUAAAGCAUCAUUGCUUGUAAACUAUAUUGUGGAUGCUGAAAUAAUGGUGCGAGGGUUAAAAAUAACGACUGAGCUGCUCGAAAUAUUGUGAUUAUUAUGUCAAUUGUGAUAGUAGAACAGACGGACACACGUAUGAAGUGGGAGUUGCAAGGUUAGUGAAUCUACGAAAUGGACCUAGAAAUCAAUCACUGUGUUUUAUUGUAAGGUUAACAGGAAUAGUGCACAUCAUUUACAAAAUAGAAUAAAAAUAGAAAACGUCAUAAAAAAUGCAUGAAUUAUAUAUACAAUAUUAGUGACGUUUUUCAUUUGUUAUAAUAUCAAAAUGUGUGCUAUUCUUUGACUGAUCAAUUGAUUUUUGACAAAUUCUAUGAUAUUCAGCAAGCCCAUAUGAAUAGAAGAAUGUAAUUAUUGUAAAAAAAAAAUAUGUAAAUAUUUACGCCAUUUUAUUAUUAGGAGGAUAAAGUAGUAAUAGAUUAAAAAGAUAUUAUUAUUUUAAAUAAGUUUGCUCGUUUCUAAAGUAUAGAAACAAGCAGAAUAUAAGACUUUUACAAUUACCGUUAGAGCGGUUGGAGCUUCAAUCUUUAGUAAGAAUAAUCUUAAAUAAUGUAUACACUGCCUUCAAAAUACAAAAUAUCUCAUAUAUUUUGAUUUAUUUAUUUGUAACUUAAUAAACUUACACAUAUUUUAUUACAAUCCCUGAAUACUCAAUACAUGAUAAUAUUUUUUAGAAAAAGAAAUAAAUUUUGACUAAAACUGAUUUCUAUUUCGUGUUCAAUUCGUCACUGUAGGUCUACUAUUAUCAUUUAAUAUAUAUAUAUUUCAUUAAAUGCUCUAUAUAAGUAUUUAGGUAUACAAUUAUUAAUAUGUUCUUGUGUUUGGAAUAAAUUUACUAGUCUGCUGAAUCUAAAAAAUAAGAGAUUUGCGGUAUUUCGCGUCCUUCGUUGUAAUGUAACUAAGUAAUAAUUUAUUAGAAGCGUCUCAGACCAGAAGAAAGGAAUUGAUUAAUAAAACUAAACAUUUUAAAACUGUACGAAAAAUCUGCAUCAAAAUAUUUCCGUUGUCGACCGACUUCAAAAAUAAAGAAUUUCUCAGUUCGUUUGUAUUUUUUGUGUUUGUUACCUCAUAACUCUGUCAGUUGUAAACUAAUAUGAUUUUUUUUAUCUAAACGAAUACACUUUUAGAGUGGUUUCAUAGAAAUUUUAUCGGUUUAUUAGUUUAUUUUUUUUAAAUCAAAACGAUUUUGCUACAAUAAUUAAGAUUAUGUGCCAAUUGUGGAACACAAUCUUAAUUAUAUCGACCUAAACUAGAUCAGAAACUGAAAUUUGGUUUCAGUUGUGUCAUCUAGUUUCUCUUAAACACUACUAGAUGUUACCUCUUUGGUAAUCUAUCUAAAAAUAUAACUUUUUAUAUUACACAAAUUAAAUAAAUAAAAAUAACUAAAACUUAAAAAAAAGUUCGUGUAAUCUACAAAUCAUUAUCAAUUAGAAUGAUUUAUGUGACACCUAGUUACCCUCACAAUGCUAUGACGCGACACGAACGUAUAAACGAAAAUUACCAUAUAUCAAAGUAAUUUAAACCUUAUUCGCUUAAAUGCAAUUGUUUUAAGCAUCGUAUCGUAUAUUUAUUAUUAGACUUAUCAUGACAGUUGAUCCAUCAUAAUGUUAUGUGUUUCCUACUUUUUACUAGUCUGAGACGUUAUAACUAGUUGAUAAUUAUAAUAUCAUACAUCACUUCGACGUUAUAAUUACAUAUAAGGAAAACAAUGUUAUGUGUAUAAGCAGUCUUGUAACACAUCAAUAUUUUUUAUUAUGUAUAAUAAAGCAGUUAUAUACUUAUUAGCUAAAAGAACUUCUGAAAAUUUAUUAAUGUUACAAUGAGAAAUUUCAAAUCCGACAGAAGUAAUGCUAAUCGCUAGCUGAUCUUACUAAAAAACUAAAGAGAUUGAUAGAAUAUGUCAAUGUUAUAUGUUAAAGUCUAGUGGAGGACGUUGCUUUACCUUAUAUUUGACGUCUAUUCAAUGUAAUUUUGUUUUAAUCACAAUUUAGUCUGGUCAAAGUCUCCCUGUAAGACCCUUGUUGCGAGUUGAAAUAUGAUUGCUUUUUAAAUAAUAUAUUUAAUAAAUAUAAAUACCCAGAAUUAUUACUCGUAAUUAAGUAUAUUUCUGUUUCAAUUUGUACUAAUAAAUGUUUUAUCAUUUUAAUGGGUCCGAUUCUGUAACUGUAUAUAAUGAGAAUAGUACUUUUAUAUAACUAUCCAAAUUAUAUACAGUUUAAUUACGAGAAUAAUAAUUUCAGAAUCGACCUGUUGCUAUUGAGAUCUCUAAACGUUUGAGUGCCAUGUUGACUGACUCACAAUAUAUUUUGCGUUUAUAUUUGCUGCUUACAAAUUAGGUAUCAUUCUACUUAAAUAUUUAACACGUAGUUGUUUUUCAAUUUUAUUGCUAACUUCUUUAUAUUGUAUAUUUAUAUAUUGAAAAAUAUAUGAUUUUUAAAAGCACAAUAAUAUUAGAUAUACCUAUCAAUAUUUUAAUUGAACGGUGGCAUGAUGGUACGGCGCAUCAAUUAACUGAUACCUAAAUUAUAGACCAGUUACCUAUUUUUUUUAAAGGGGCGAUAAUGGAAUGAUAUCCUCGUCUACACUACCCAUAUAUACUGGCUGAAUACCAGUGAGCGAUGAUAGGUAAGGAUAAAAAAGCAGUUAAUUUAACCUUAACCGAUCAUAAAGAAUUCGUCUAAGAUUAAGCACGAUUGUUUCCAGGGGUGACCUCGAGGAGGUCAACCUGAAAAGAAAUAAUAUUUGUAACAUGGUUGCUAGUCCCCAUUACUAAAAAUCCCUAUACCGCGUCCCCGACUAACUUUUAAGUACUACUAAUAGACAUAACCUUUCAGGAAUAUUCAUUAUAUUUCCUUCAUCAAUCACAAUUUUUAUCUACGGCCACGUAAACAAUUUUUUAAAGAGAACGUAUAAUAUCGUUUGUGAUUUUUAAAUUAAUAUUGCAUUGUAUAUUGAAGGUCAUUAGGAUAAACAAGAUUACAAUCAAAUCACUCUCCUCGCUUAAAUCUCCUUAGACAAUUAUCUAGUGGGAUUAAGGUGACGAAUUAUGUUCUUUAAUUAUCUGUACUAGGUUAUAUAGUAUAUAUCGGCGUUCAUCAUGUCAACUUUUCCCGUUGAUAUAAAUACAACGUCCACUACAACAUUUUACGACCUUGCCACAUCACUGGUACAUGUACUAUCGAUAUAAUAAAAAAAUACAUGAUAAGAGUACAAACAGACAGUGACAAGGCUGUAAAAUACAUACUUUUUUACUUGACUGAAUAGUGGUUUGUACUAGUGCGGAUUAUUGUUGAAAACAUUAAAUAAUAGGUUGGAGCUACUAUGGAGCUUACCGUCCAGGAACUUAGCUCUUAAUAAAGAACCUGCAUGUUUUCGCUCAAAAACAACGACUUAUCUUUACCCGCAGUUAGUACGAUAUAAAGUUAUCACCAUGUUAUGCAAUUAACGCCCUAAUAGAGCAACGGAUACUCAAACAUAGAUAAAUAUAUGUUUAGAAAUGUAUAAUUCAGUAUUCUCGCGGCAUUUAAAAGACACUCUAAACUGUCGUCUGUAAUUUGUUGUGACUGGAUAAUUAUAAUUCCAACGAUAAUGCCAUUGUCAGAUUUUGACAAUUUACUUUUGCAGAGCAAAUUUGAGCAAUUAAUACAUAUCUUUGACGAUUGCUUCAAAUAUACAUAAGUUUUGCUUCCUCCAAAUUAUGCGUCACAGGUGUAUUUUUCUAUUAAUGAGUGAAUAUGAAUCAGUGACCCCACCUGCGCUAUAGCUAUACACCGGUUGGGCGCCAGUUUGAAAUCAUAGGUGAGGAUAAAAAAGAUCAGUUAGUGUCGAAUUAAUAAGUAAUUAACCACGAUGGUUUCCAGAGGAACCACAUCGAAGAUGACCUGAUAGGGAGUCUUGCUAGCAAUGAGGCAGUUAGAUCCAAUUACCAAUAAUUUUUUUCCUCCGUCACAAUUGGGUUGUUGUUAGGUUGCAACAUCUUUUGUAGAAACAAUGUGACAUGUUGACAAGCAAUAAUAUUCAUAUUAGACAUAGUGGCCCUAUUGCAACCAAUAUAUCCCGUCAGGUUGACCUCCAUAUGUUUUCUUCUGGAAACUAUGUUUUCUUCUGGAAACCAUCGUUGUUAAUUCCUAAUGAAUUCGUUAUAAUGGGCUAACUGACCUGUUUUCAUCUUCACCUAUCAUAUCGCAUUGGUAUUCCGCUAGUGUGUACCGGUUACCAUUCCAUUUUCAUCAUUCAUCCAUAUUAUACAGGGUAAAAUCGAAGUCGUUGACUGCACGUAAAUCUUAAAAUCUACCCAUACUAUAGAAUAUAAAUAAAGGGCAAAAGAUAUAUUUGAAAAAUUUUGUGAACCAAAAAUUAAAAAACGACAAAAAAAUAUUGAUCCUCUCAUACUAAUUUAAUAGCUAUCUCAUACUAAUAAUACACUGUAUUAAUAUGAGAGAAUCAAAGUUUCUUUUUGUGGAUUUUUUUUUUUCAUGAAAAUAUGCAAUUUCCCUGACAGACACGCUAACGAUUUCGAUUACACCAUGCAUAAUUGUAUCAUGAGAAUAUACAGUACAGAUACUUGUAUAUGUCAAUGCCAAGAUUAGGUACCUAACUACGGACAUUCGGGCUAAUUUACUAUAUUUACGUUUUUCUAUGGGAUGAAAAAGGAAUGGUAAUUCCGCCUGCACUAUUGAAAUACGUUUGCAGGGUACCAGUGAAAAUAGAUAAUUGAAAAUGAAACUCUAUUUCCGUUUAUAGUUUUAACAAAACAAUCACGUUUUAACAAAUACUCAUGUAUGUAAUUCCAAGAUUAAGUACCAAACUACAGACAACAGUCCGAGGCCAUUUACUAAAUUUUGCCUUUAUCACUUCAGCAAGUUGGUAAUUCUGAAACACAAUUCCUUCCAUAUAACACAAUCCGCUUUAGCACAUAAAAGUGACGGGCCCACCUAAUAAAAUAUAGACAUCUUUGUUUUAAAAGAGGUGUCUGACGAUGUUUAGUUUGUAGAAAUCUGUUAAUUUUAAUAAAUUGUACGUAGAAUAAUAUUAUAAUUGUGUGAAUAAUUUACUUUAUACAAUUGUAGUUAUUAAGCUUUAUCAAUUUAUCAAUAUAAGGUCGUCUUUUAAUUGUUUCAUUUAUUUUAAAAUACCGCUCCUGUGACAUUAAAUUUUAUCUGUAAAAUCUGAAUAAAUUAAUUUUUCAUUCAUACUUUAGACCUAUAAACUAUUUUAGAAAUUUACUUUUUAGAGACAAUAAUGUUAUAUCUUAUUUAUUUGACACUAUCAAACUAUUAUUUCAUUAAGUGUAAAUAGGCACUAAAACCAUUUGACAUAAUCGAUUUGUCUAACAAACAAUUAAAUUUUUACAUUAUAUUUUAUUGACCAUAUAAUAUCAUAUAUGUACUGUUUGAUAUAACAUCAUAUAUGUCCCAAAAAAAGUGAGAGGACUAAUUGGUUGUUCAGAUUAAAUUAGCAAUUUAUUUAUCUAUUUAAUCAAAAUUGACAAUAUCUACUUAGUAAUUCUGCCUGUGUCGACAAUUUAUUUGUUGUCAUUUUAUACGUUUUAAUAACAUAAUACAUACAUUUUGAACAUAAAUGUCCAUAAGUAUACUUAUAAAUAUUUUAUUUUAUUAUUAUAACUAUUAUAAGUUACUACAUAGUGUAACUGCAAAUACAUCGAACUACAAAUGGAAAUGAACGAUAUUCUUCUAACAGCGUUGCCAAAUUUUAGAGAAAUGAAAUUAUAGAAUAAAUUUUUGAUAUAAAAUAAAAUGUGUUUUUAUUCGUUCGCGUAGUAGUUAUUUAGUAAAACGUAGUGAAAACCAACACAAGUUAGUGAUUGGGUAAAUGUAAAAAAAAAACGAUAUGAAUUCGACGAAAAAAUAUGUGAAAUUUGGUUAUAAAUUGCAUCAGGCAACGCUGUUCUCUAGUAUUUUUUAAGUUAAAUAAUAUCAAUAGAUUUUUGCCAGAAUGUUACUCAAUUGUGUUACGUCUAUAGCUUACCGGUAUUAUUUUUUACAAUAUGACUACAUUUACACGUAGACGUUUCUUAAUAAUAUGAUAAAACAAAAUAUUAUGCCUGAAUAGGUGCCACAUAUUAUCUUAAUUCUUAAUUAUAAUGUUAUGCAUUUGUAACAAAAAAUUAAACCACAUUCUUCUAAAGUCAUUACUACAAAAACAAAUAAGCAAAAAUUGUAUAAAUAAUUUAGCAUAUAUUAAAAGUAAUAUGUAAUUGCAAGAUACUUGCUAGCCAUGUUAAUGAAUUAGUAUAGUAUAAUGUAAUAUAAAUUUAUUUUUGUUUCAAUGAAACUACUUUUUUAUUAUCACAGCUAGUACCUAUUUUAUUUUUAAUUCUGCUUAGUGUACUCCAAAUUUUUUUAAUGACCGUUUUGUUAUGACAUUAAGCUACAAUAUUUAGAAACAUAAUUAUACUCAUAUAUCUACAAAACAAAACAUUCGUAGGUACCCACCUUAUGGGGCAUGGAAUUAUUUAAUUACAAAUAGCCUUAGGUAGGUACCUACGUAAAUUAUUCUCUUGAAGUUUUUCGCUCUACAUACCUAAAUAGGUACAUUGUUUUUGUACUUAAUUUAGUUAUUAAACAAUAUAGGAAAUAAGCACAGCUGUAAAUAAAAUUACUUGUAAGUUUACUGUGGUGAGACACAACCUUUUAAAUAAACGAAUUUUAUCCAA